CCAUCGCACAUCGCAUGCGGGUGCAUGUGCCGGUGGAUGUUGCGCGUGCGCUCGUCCGUCGGCUCGCGGCAGACAGCCCGCCGCUACGGGUGCAUCUCGCGGCAGUUCGCAGUCGUCUUCUAAAGCAAGCUCAUUAGUCGCUCAGCAUUCGGCCGGGACACAUUUUCGUGGGUCCCACUCGUUGCUCGCAGAGAACCCAGUCGCUAUCCACCGAACGACACCUACCUCUCUCUCCCUCCCUCCCUCUCUCUUUCUCUAUCGUCACCCUCUGUUCAAUCCCUCCACGUUCUAUCGCACCAUCCACUCAUCGGGCACCGCACUAUUUUCUACCUAAAACCACCCCGGAAACACAAACGUCACGAGUCAGAAAAACGAACGAAACUUCGCGCGAGAGAGCAAACGAGCGAGGAGCAGUUGAUCGUGUCCAGCGAGAAGAAGGAAGAGGAGGCGGAGGAGGAGGAGGUGGUGGAGAAGGAGGAGGAGAAGGUGGCAGACGUCCCGCGAGACAGGGGAUGCAACUGAACUCGAUGGGCUCCUGUGCACGUGCCAGCUGACUCUCUCUCGAGGAGCGUCGAACUUGCAACGACCGCGCGGCUCCCACCCUUCUUCGUCCUCUCACGGUGGAAAUCCCCGUGUGAUUCAUCGGCGACCUCGAGGCCAGUUCACCUAAACCAGAAAGCAGGAAUAGAAUCAUCUCGGAGCGCGGGAUGAGAACGAGUUCCGUCCGAGUUCUCCGGUUCGCGUGAAGAUCGAACGAUCGGGGCGCCGUUCCCCGACGAGGUUGUCCAGCAGAUCCCGGCGAAGAGGAUCCGAACGGAGGCCAGCCUGCAGGUAGACCGCGAAGUCGGUCGUGCCCGGGGUCGUCGACACGACGACGCAGACGACGGAGACGGCGAGGAAGACGCCGUAUAGCAAACGCGAAGUGGUCCCUAACGAGCGGCACGGCCCAUGGUCGAAACCACUUCGAUCCAGCGCGUCACGAUCAAGCUCCCCAUGCUGCAGCCACCGUCUCCCCUCCUGGAGAUGGCAUCGUUGCGUCUGCCGGACUCCGAAGAGUUCGACGUCGACCCACGUCGUCGCAGCAAUAAUGCCAACGUGCCGCCCACGACCGUCGCGGCCGUUCCACCGACCACUGGCACGCUCCUGCAGAUGAGGGACUUCGGCAACAUUCUGAACAACCUGAUCGCCGAGGCCAUCACCGUGAACCCGAGGACCACCAUGGAGGAGCACAGCGGGCUGCUGAACGCCAGCAAAACCGUGAACCUCUCCACCGCCGAACAGAUUCCCGAUCGAUUGUACAGGCACAGCAUGGCGAUGUCCGCGGUCUACUGUGUCGCCUACGUCCUCGUAUUCGUCGUCGGCCUGAUCGGCAACAGUUUCGUCAUCGCCGUGGUGUACCGGUCACCACGUAUGAGGACUGUCACGAACUUCUUCAUCGUCAACCUCGCGGUCGCCGACGUCCUCGUCAUCGUGUUCUGCCUGCCGGCCACCCUGAUGAGCAACAUCUUUGUCCCAUGGUUCCUGGGAUGGUUCAUGUGCAAAGCCGUCGCUUAUAUACAGGGCGUUUCCGUGGCGGCCUCUGUUUACAGCCUUGUUGCGGUUUCCUUGGACAGGUUCCUGGCAAUCUGGUGGCCGCUGAAGUGUCAGAUCACGAAGAAGCGAGCCCGCAUGAUGAUCGUGGUGAUCUGGUUCAUCGCGUUGACGACGACCUCGCCGUGGCUGUUGUUCUUCGACCUGGUGGCGAUCUACGACGACGAUCCAGACCUGAGACUGUGCCUGGAGGUGUGGCCGCAUCCGGCGGACGGCACCCUGUUCUUCCUGAUCGGCAACCUGACCCUGUGCUACGUGCUGCCCACGAUCCUGAUCUCCGUCUGCUACAUACUGAUCUGGAUCAAGGUGUGGCGGCGGAACAUCCCGACGGACACGAAGGACGCGCAGAUGGAGAGGAUACAGCAGAAGUCGAAGGUGAAGGUGGUGAAGAUGCUGGUGGUUGUCGUGAUCCUGUUCGUUCUGUCCUGGCUGCCUCUGUACGUGAUCUUCGCGGUGAUCAAGCUCGGCGGGGACUCGGCUGACCGGGAGGACGAGAUCCUGCCGAUCGCCACGCCGAUCGCGCAAUGGCUGGGCGCCAGUAACUCCUGCAUCAACCCGAUCCUGUACGCGUUCUUCAACAAGAAGUACCGGCGCGGCUUCGUCGCGAUCAUGAAGAGCGGCCGCUGCUGCGGCAAGAUCAGGUACUACGAGACGGUGGCGAUCAUGUCCUCCUCGACCAGCAUGAGGAAGUCCUCCUACUACGUGAACAACAACAACUCGUCGACGAGGCGGGCCUGCCACGGGCCGCCGGUCCACCAGGACAGCAACGUCUCCUACAUAUUCAACCACACCGGCGUCUAGGCGAUCCGUUGGUCCCACCGUACGGAGAAGAGAUUUUGAUGUUCGGCUAUUUCCGAGGCUGGCUGCCCACCGGCGGCUUUCAAAACCGAGGCCGGUCCGAGGCUCAUGGUCACGCCAAGAUGUCGUGUUCGGCAUCGCAACCGAUUGUCGCUCGGACCGGAGGAUGUCGCCGAUUCGACGGAACACCGGAACGGAACGGCCGACGCCCGAUUUUUUCAACACGAAAACGACCUGGCUAUUUGUUCGCUCGGGGCCGGCGAUCGGUCGGUGACCCUUGUUUGUCGACGACGCGAUGGAAACAAACAAACAAAGAAACAAACCAACCAACAAACAAACAGACGGACACCUACUACACUGGAACACACGUACACGCAGUCCAGACAGCAGGAGAACAGCGACACACAGAGAGACAUAUGUACAGACACAGACACACGGACACACGAGUUUCACGAUUUGGAUCCGUCAUUUUGUAUUUUCACCGCGCGAUAAUGUAUUUUGUUAAGCAGAACGGAAAACCGAGGCGGGAAAAAAAACGAUGCCAGAUCUGUAGGAGGGGGGGGGGAAGCAAGCUUCCGGCUCUUGUCUCGCCGUUGUCAUGGAUCCCUUGCUCCGACAUAUCCGGACGUCUCCCAUGGACGCCGCCCGCCGACCGGACGGGGCUCCGAGGCUGCCGGAUACUUUCGGAGGCUUCCUCCUUCUUUUCCACGAUCGUCUUUUUAGAUUUCUAAGGAAUCCACAAGGGAACGAAGGGACCGAGUUCGCCAGCUUGUAAUUAGCGUUGAUGCGUGACAGCGGCGAGUUCGAGGCGCGAUUCGGUCGGCAGCGGGGUAGGGUGCGCUGAUCCAGGGUUUUGGGGAUCGGCCGCGGGCGGCGGGUGGUCCCGUGCAUCUUGUUGUCUCUCGACGGUACACGCACGCACACUGCCACGAGACGCAAUUAAGCUGCGCCCGGCGACGCGCCGCGGGUGUAAUUAAUCCGGAGCAGCUGGCCGCGCGCGACGCCCGCGCGCCGAUUCCAAUGGGACGGGUGUCGCGCCCGAGAUGAGGAAUCGCCCGAAAGAAGAUGAGGAGUCUCGCUCGAGAAGAGAGGAAUCUCCGCCGAUCAGCGAACGGCGAUACGAUCUCGAGCCGAUCACGUUUUUCGGUCCUUAGGAUUACCUAACACGCCGGCUAAUCCCCGUGCGUUGCAUGCUGCGAGUUCAGUGACAGUAAUUGCAUAACACCUAACCGUUACCUUCACACACUAUCGGCGUAGCAUGUUGCCAGCGUGUCGGAGAGCUAGCAGGCCAGAGAGCGUGGGAGCGAGAGAGAGAGAGAGAGAGAGAGAGAGAGAGAGACUGGGGGAGAGACAGAGUGCGCAAGGCAGAGAGAUCGAACCGUUCGAUUAAACGUUACCUCCGCACACGAAUGAAACAGGAUUAAAUAGGUAUUCUACUUGUACUUAUCUUAGCACGGUCGGCUCGAACAGGUAUAUAUACACAUAUAUAUUUUCUUAUCGGAACGUUAGACGAUCUAGUCUUUUUGGGAUUUCUUAAGGUGCCAUACAUAUUACGUACGCCUAUAUAACAAUUCUUAUCGAGAUUAUUAUAUACUAAGACAACACCAGAGAACAAUGGACGGUCCUAUCGAGACCGAUCCACCAAGCAAGACAGAUUUAACGAUUCUCGCGCUCUCGUCUUUGCCGCGUUAUCAACGUUGCCUCCCUCGUCCUUCCAGUUCCCAUCACCGUCCGUCCCUGAUCACCCCAGUCUCCUCCCUCUCCUCCUCCUCCUUCUCUUCUGGUCCCUUUCCUCCCACACCACGUCACCAUCUCUAGCUUGCCCACCGUUCCCCGGAGAAAGGCGGAAGUGACCGACUUACCGUUUUGUCUCGAAUUAUACUCAAUCGAUUGCAUGUGCGACGAAUUAACGCGGUCACUGGCGACAAUAACGACCUUUUACGCUCCGGGAGGGCAGACUCCUGUCACGAGCUAGUUCAGAGACCAUGAUUGUGUACUCGGUGGCCGCCUGGUCGACGACGAGACCGCCGUUUUCCGCUCUCGGCUCGGCGAGGGCGACGGGGCCUCGAUCUUCGUCCAACGCGAGCGUUUGCCACGACCCGUGCCUCAGCGCGCGGACCUUUUUUUAGAGCCGGAGCUCUUCGACCGAGUCGUAGGGCGAGACCACGCGGCGAUCAUUCCCGCGACAGUCGCCACCACGACCGACCCCUCGGCAUGGAACAACCUCGCCUUGCAUGACAAUUGAGCGCGACACCGAGCGCCGCCGAUCGGUCCUCGAUCUUGGCCAGCCGGGGCCCUCGGGAACGGCGGACGCGUUCGCUUCGAAAGAGCAACGCGGGGCGUCUGGUUUGGUCCGCCAAGACUGGAAGUGCUAAGAGUGGACAUCAGCGGACAGAAGGUAGCGUUUCGUCCUGGGCCUGCCGGUGGACCCGUCAAAGGGCCUACCGAGCAGACUCUGCCUUAGACGCAGGGAAGGAAUGCGUUCCUCCGCGAUGCCGGAGCAAAGUCCGCGGGCCGAGAGGCCGGCGAAACAGUCGAUACGCUUGCGCGAGACGAGGUCGCGCGACCCGAACAGCCACGCCCCGCGACGCGGCGCUCCGCCAUUGGCCGCAGCGGCCGGCGGGGACGUUCCCACCCAACUGGAUCCUCCUACCGUUCAGCCGUCGAGGUGCCAAGCACGCGACAGCUGACCAACGUCCACUCGACCCAGAUCCACUCCGACUAAGAUCCAUCCUAGCUGGAUUGCCCUCCGAUUAAACUUGCCGAGCGUGACGCAGUCGCAGACUUGGUCGGCCAAACCGCACCUUCCGCCGAGCCGUUCGACGACCGACCGGAGGCGAACGGGGCCCGACGCUCGUUCCGUUCCAUGCUGACGGGACCGUCGAGAGUUCCGGCGACCUUCUACGAGACUUUUAUCGGGAAUUUUACGCAGCGCGCCCCCCUCGAUUGCCAGAGGGCGGCGCUCCGUCGAUCGGCAAUGGAUCGUUGUCCGCGAGAAUCGCGCGCGCCACGGGACCGGCCGUCGGCGACGGCCAAGCUGGGUCCCGUCCUCGCUCGAUUUCCGGCGAAGUCGACGCGCCGGGUCAACGGCGACCCCGUUACGGGCGAGUCGCGACCGGUCGCGUGAACGCGAACGGAACGAGUCUCGCGGUGGACCGAGACACCGUGUGCAACAAGAUGUGGCACGUUGCGUGGAGCCGCGGGAUUUUAUGAUAGAGCAACUAUUUUCGUAAGGUUUUUAUACGUGGCGAGAGACAAGGAUGUUAGAUGUAACGAACAAAACACACGCGAGGCGUAACUGUGUAGAGAGACGGUCGCGAGGAUACACCUUUAUUCAUAUCUAUUGUGGCUCAACGACGAGACGCCGGCGUGAUUGUUGCGUGACGUUUUUCUUUUUUCUUUUUUUUCGUAGGCGUGGACAAGGACACCGUUUAGGGCCACGCGAGAGCAACAUUACGUACGUGAAUUACAUGUAUCGUUGGCACGGGAAACUCGUCGAACGGAGGGCCCACGUUGAGGGGAUAUUACGAAAUCUCGAGAAAAGAGCGACUGUAUACGCACUAAACGUGACUAAGCAUUUAAGAUUACACGAUUACGAUUGCAAUGUUUAUAUAUAUAUCUAUUAUAUGUAUAUAUAUAUUUAUAAAUUAUAUAUAUAUAUGAAAUAUAUAUGUACAUAUAGAUAUUACACAGAAAACUAAACGUCUAUCCGCUGUCUCUAUGUAAACAUGUAAACUUAUUGUAUAUGUAAGUAUGUAUAUCGUUGCGAUGUUGUAAUUAUACAUAUAUGUAUAUACAUAUA